AUGGCGCCCUCUCCGUCUGAGCGGCUUCUUGCUUCCCUCAUAAAAGCGGACACGACAGCGACCAACUCUCUAUCCGCGUUCCUUGCCUCCUCACACGCCUCCCAUGCAGCCCUCUCUGCAUAUGCGAGUGUGCACCAGCCCCCACUCGGAGACGUCCUACGUCAGGUAGAGGCUUCUCUGCGUGGGGUUCACGAGGCUGUGAGAGCGUACGUGGGUGCAAUGGAGAUGUGGACCACUGAGCUGGGUGAGGUAAAAGAACGUGAGGAGGAAGUCGGACAAGUGAGAAGAGACAGGGAUAUUCUUGUAACCCGCUUGAUCAAAGCUUCCAAGCUACGCCCCGUCUCUGCACAUGGCCUCCUCCCCUCUCUUCUUCCCUCUUCGCCUCAUUCCUCUGUCCUAUCCCUUCCUGCACCAGGUGACACGCCCAAGCUAGUGAACGCCCAAGCCGAGCUGCAAGCAUGUGAAGGUCAUUUGGUUGGGCGACAAAGGGCUUUGGAGGAUAUUACCAAGGCUGCCAUUGCGAGGGGUAUAUUGAGGCGAUGUGCAGCUCUGGAAGAGCUAGCGGAGGCAUGCAAGACAGCGAGCGGACGUGCCCGGGGAGCAUUGCAUACCCUGGUUCCUGCCAAGUUUCAGAAUGGUACCGGCACCCCAUUUGACAAGCCACUCCCAAGUCCUUCCCCUUAUGUCCACCGUCAACCACCCCGCGCCGCAUCUCCGUCCAGCGACUCACUCUCACCGUCCCAGUCAGCCUCCCAGAUCGCGCACUACACAGCCCCGCACCUUCCUCACGCAUUUGGUACGCCUGAGCCGCCGCGACAGAGCACGGACACGUACCGCCCAAGUUCCAGCACUGACGGACACCGACUGAGUCUCACCGUCCCACCCGCGCAUGCGAUAAGCGCGACGUACAUCCCUGAUUCGCGUCUCCUUCCCCCUCCCGAAGCUCGGCGGACAGCGACACCGCAGCCAACUCAGCAUGCCCGGCCUCCGUCACGCCAGCAGGUUCAGCAGGAAGAGGACUCUGACAGUGAAGAGCACGGUGCCGUUGUUGUACAUGAGAACGCGCCGAGGAACUCGAUGAGCUUUCCUACAGGCACACCGUCCCAGCAGCACGCACAUUCACAUCUCUUGCAGCACUCACAGCCGCAUACACCUAUCAGAAAGCGCACCGUCUCCUCUGCCACGCCAUCAAAACGUAAAUCGAAGCGUAUUGCUCUUCCUUCAGCUUCCUCCGACCUCGGUCCGGGUGGGCCCCCAGUCGUCCAAAUGUCCGGAUCCCCAUUGACAGGAAGUCUGCCGAGACCGCGUCCCCAACCAAUGGGUCACCGUCGUCGACCCAGCAGCCAGAGUUUGGAUUCAUUCGAACUCCCCACCCGGCAGCAAGGGAAGAGACGCGGGUUCUUUGGCUCCAUCGCGCGUGCAUUACAUAUCGGCGGCUCAUCACGCGAUGGCCGGGAGAGCCCCCCCUAUGGAGCAUCUGGUUCGGGCUGGGGAAAGCAGAAGGACAGAGGCUGGAAUACGCGCACUGAUAGAAGACUGAGGGAUAUGCAUGACUGGAGAGGGGAGUCGAGUGAUGAGGAUGGGGCAGCAGGCUUCGUUGCUGUGGAAAACUCCCCUGGCCUACGGACCCUGGAGCGAAGCGGCACGGAGAGCACGCACGUGAGUGGAGGUGCGCGGAAGACAAGGUCGGCCAGAGCUCCUGCUCUGAACGGCACGCCUACGCGUUCGACAAGUCGGCGGCGAGCUCCUGAACAACCCCCCAUGCUUAGCCCACAUGAAGCACUCGAGAAGCGACUAGAUGCAGCCGCGCGCCCUCGGACUGUGAGUCACCCUGGUCCCAGCUUGCCGGGGGCGAGACAGUCCAUGGUGGAGCCGAUAACGCGCAUGCGGACGAUCAGCGAAGCGUCCGGGACUGGGAAUAGGAGGAGUUUACAUGAGGCCUCUGUUGGUGCUGCUGAUACUGCUGGCGCUGGAGGGAGUGUAAGUAGGCAAGCGUCAUUAGGCCGAGCAAGUGGGCAGCAGGCUGCACAGGCCCUGGGGAGGAGCGGGAGGAUGAAGAGCGUUAUGAGUAAUGCUACUUCUCCCCCUGGGGCUGGGCCGACUGGGGGUCUUUCUAGGAGUGGGACGGUAAAGAGUACGAUGUCGGCUCCUCCAGGACCUGCUCAGAGCACACCGGGAAAGAAGUCUUCUCCGGCAAAGCGUCAGCAACAUAGAGCCAGCAACAUACCCGGGGGGUCGCCCAAUAUCUUGACAGUGUUGGACGGGAAUGAGAGCGGCACGGGGGGUGGCGGGAAAGGAGGGCUCGUGGAGGUGAAGGCUCCUCCACGGGUCCUCCGCGAUCCUGCUGAAGGGCUCAUUACUGUCAAGGCUCCUCCGCCUGCAGGAGCGGGGCUUCCUCCACUUAUUCACCCACCUCCUGGCCCGCAGCUGGUGAGCCAGUCUACACCCCAGGCAGCACCGAGAGCAAACGGCACCGCGAAUCUUGCGCGUAACGUGUCGACCAGCACUUCGGCCAGCGCCACUCAGACGCGAACACAGCGGACAGCAGCAUCAAACAAACCCCAUCCUACCCCGCAAAAAGCGCCAGCGUCACCAGCGCCAACAGCUCCUUCCCACUCAUCUGCUUUGCCCACAGGGGAGCAGGUACGUGUGCAUCACACGCCGGUCCCGUCGGCCACCGCGCCUAUGCCAGUCAAGAGUGCACUUCGAGCCCGAUCUCCAUCUCCUGAACCUCCUCGGCCAAUCAUACUCGCUCCCCCGGUCAGUGCUGUCACGGUCGUCGCUGUGGCUGUGCCUACCCCCUCAGGCUCAGCGGCCUCAGCACCUGCACCACCACCUGAUGCUCCUGUUGCCCCACCUCGGGUCCCGACACCUGCUGCGACCACAGCUGCUCUCCUUACAACUGCGCAACCACGUCCUCAACCACCCGAGGGAGCCAAGCAGCGUCCAGUGAGCGCAGCCACCUUCGGUACUUCCGGAGACGAUGCUUCGGCGUAUGAGACUGGACUGGAGGAAAUGGAAGACAGUGGUAGUGAGAGUCAUUAUUCUGGUACUCCGGGCAUCAGUACCCCGAAGAUCGGCCUUCAGGCACUGGAGGAGGAACUCAGUACUCCUGUUGCGCGUCAUACGGCACCUGCGUCUGUGCCUGCUCCCUCUCCCUCCCCUGUUGCCAUCCCUCGUGCACCUACCUCUUGUGCCACUGAUGCUGUUCCGGUGGCUGCACCAGCCAUACCGCAACCCGCAAACGUACAACCUGAGGCAGGGUCUGGAGUGUCUGAUUCCACCGCAACGGCUUCAGACAAGCCGACACGUCGGAAGAGCGUGCGGCUCGAUGUCCCGCCCAGUCUUACACCCACACCUGCCACAGAGGACUUCCCAGAAGACACAUGGAAGGUCAGCAUGGAAGAUUUGGCGAAUGCAGUCCCUUCUCGGUCUUAUCUGAACGCAUCCCCUAUCCCUGCAGCUCCAAGGAAAGUCCCGGAACGCUCACCCCAGCGUAAUUCGCAUCUGUGGGACGGCCUUCCUCUGCCGCAGAAAAAAGGACUUGGUAUAAACUCGUUGGAUGCGGAGGACCGAAAUGGGUGGCACACACGUGUCAGCACGGUGAGCAGCGGGGAUAGCAGUGAUGAGGAGGACGAGGAGUAUGCUAGGGUAAAGAGGGAGCUUGAGGAUGCGAACAGGAGGUAUGCUCAAGCUGGGAAAGUGGGGAGGACGUGA